GGAGCGCGGCGCUGGGCUGCCAGCACCUGCUGCCCGGCGUGCUGCCUGCGGCCCCCGGCGGCCGCCCCGCGGUGGGCCACGCGGCCUGGCCCAGCUUCUACGAGCGCGCCGACGUCGUGCUCCCGGGGGACCCCCGCCGCCUGGCCGUGUCGGGCGCCGUGGCCGGCAUGGCGGCCGCCGCGGAGGGCGGCGUCGCCCUCGCGUCGCACGCCGCCCUGCUCACGGCCGUGCACGGCCCCACGGGCCGCAUCGUGGCCCUGCCCGCAGCGCUGGCGGCGGGGUGCCGCCCAGCCGCGGCCUCGGCGCCCCCGGCGGCGCCUGGCGGAGGCGGCGGGCGCGUGCUGCUCGCGGUCGUCGGCCUGAGCGUGAGCCAGG